UGGUGGAGAAACACCGAGUGAGUGGCGCGAAAGCCCUGGCUCUUCACUUCCCCGACAGCGGUCCCCUGAUGGGAACGUUCUGCUCCACUGUAGCUUACCUCCUCUCCCCCGCAAACAGUCACCCCUGCCCCUGGAGAGUGGUUCGGAACGAGAAACGAGCUCCGAAAUGCCUCCAUCGCAACGUCAUGAAAUUCACCAUCCCAAAAUACGUCGGAACCGUUUCACUCAUCGAUCACUUCAGCCACUUCGAACUCCACCUAUGCACCCACCCCAAAAAGGCAGCUCAGCUGUGGAAACUGGCACAUGACGCAGUGUUUGCAGGUCUGAAGAAAGCAGGGAAGACCAUCGGCUACACAAACAACACUCCAGUCCCUGCCAUCGUAUGCCCCGCCCACCCCCGCCCAGCCAAACCCCACCCCGCCACUGUUGACAAGGACAGAGUGUGGACAUGCUCAAUUGACCCUGAAAAGUUUGGAGACGUUGACGAGGACUCUAUUCCUUGGCUGACCCUCUGCACGUCUACCUCUGCUGAGUCAGCCACACCCUCUCCUUUCCCUUCAUCUUCUGCAGUUCCCUCCUCCUCCCAGCCUCCCCUCUCUAUCUCCACAGCUCCUGCCUCCUCUACCACUGCCACCACUACUACCAACACUCCGGGUGAUGGUGUCUGUCGACCCACUCUGCCAGAGCUACUUCUUCUGGAAAUCCCAGUCGGGAAAUCCCCUGAUAUCAGAGGUGUAGACGUAAUUGAACAGACGAGGAUAGAGAUAUCUCCAGACCAGCCACUCGACUAUCACUGGGAGUGUCAUGGGUUCAAGGUUCAAAUCCCAGCUGGUGCCAUUGCUACGACAGGGCCAGUGACUAGGGUGGUGACACAUAUCCGGGCUAGUCUGAGUGGAGAAUACAAGCUCCCGGACGACAGAGUCCUUGUCAGUGAAGUCUUCUGGCUCUCACUCGAUCCUCACGUGCAGACAUUUGACAAGAAAGUCACCCUCACUCUCCAGCACUGUGCCUCGGAUGACGACUCCACACUCACCUUCAUUACAUCCACACAAGACAAGCCACCUUACACCUUCCUCCCACUACCAGGAGGGUCCUUCUCAGAAUCAGGGCAUGCAACCAUUGAUGUAGACCAUUUCUCACCGUUUGGGCUGAUUGCAAGAAGAAAGUCGUAUGCUUUCUGCACAUUUUACCUACCCGUUGAAAAGCCAAAAACACAUCAAGUCCACAUCACUGUUACUCCAAUCUGAAAAUUCAUCUUGAGGAAGUGAACAAGGUGUAUAGAGAAAGACAGGGUAAAAAGGGUCUUGAAAUACAAUCCUGCCUUAAAGAAAGAACAGUUUCACUCCACAUCCCCGAUAUUGGCAUCCCUAGGAGCACUUGGGAGAAAGAUGGUUGGAAUCUCACCCCGUUAACAUCUCCAUCGGUAAAUCCAUUACUCUUCUAUUUGUGACCUGCUACGGGAAAGGGGCCCAUUUGACGCGCAAAAUUUUUUUCGAGAUUUUGUACGAGCCUGUUGCUAAAAGCCCGCUCCGUACUAUGAUGCAAUCGCAAAUCGCGUAACGUGCUUAGCUUUCGCGCUACACGCAGCGAUAGCGAGGGUGUCCCUAGAAACGGGAACGGAGAUAUUGACCUCAAAGAUCAACUUCCGGUCUAAAUCCGAAAUUCCGUAUACGCGAUCGCGCGGCGCGCACGUAACACGAUUACGUAUAACUGACCGCGUAAUUUUCUCCAUGGAAUGCCCGGUUAUGGCUGGCCGCACGGGGAAGGUCUCGGGAAAGACACGGCACUGCGCGGUCCCUGAACGGCGCACGGAGCUUUUUUCUUCGCGAAAAGGUAGACAAAUGAUCGUAGUUUCUUGCUGUGUAGAUAUCAUGAAGGGUGGAUUUUCCGCGUGUUCUGGCCGUUUACUCGUAAAAUUUAUUUUGCGUCAAAUGGGCCCUUUUCCCGUAGCAGGUCACAUUUAGUUUUUUCGAAUUUAUUCAGCUUGAAAAGAGACAUAUAGAGCGAUAUAAGCCAGGAAGAUCAAUUCCUUGCUUUGCAAUCAAAUUUGAAGAGAUUUCACCCCGGCAAUGUUUAGUACAGAAAGUCUUGUUCGCAGGAGUUGAAGAAACCAAAACAUUCUUGUCCAUAGAGACCCCACUCUCUCCUACCUCAUCUGCCCCCACUACUGCUCCUACCACCACACCUACCACUGUUCCUAUAACUGCUCCUACCACUGAUCCUGCUCCUGAUACCACUGAAAGAGACAUGUUGGAAAAGGAAGGAAGAUUUAAGCAAAAGAAUAUGGUAGUAGUUAUCACUGGUCUAAAACCACACUUCUUCACCAAUUGUUUGGUGAAGCUCUCCCCGAGAAGUACACUAGCACAGGGGUUACAAAUCAGCCCUGGCGAGGACUAACUUCAUAUAUGAUGGACGCAAAUGAGGAUGUGUUUAAGCUCCUGAAAGAUCAUGAGGAUAUUUUUGAGCUGGUAGCUAAAGUCGAAAUAAACACUUCGUAUGAAGAAAAAGUUGUUCAGACUGCAAAAAGGGAAAAUGUUCCUUCGAUACAAAAAGAAGAAAUAGUUGACAAAACUGCUCAGGCUGCAGGAAGGGAAAAUGUUAUUUCACUACUAAUGCAAAUGGAAGCACAUGCUAACAGCACAGAAUUACCCAAAGUUGGAGAUGAGGAAGAGGCAUUAGAUGAACCUAAAGAAAAUAAUAUGCCCACUGAGGCUAUCCCUGAAACAACAAAGCCAACUGUAACUGAAGAAAGUUCAGGUGAAGAUAUGGACCAAGUUAAAGAUGUCACUAAAAAUCCUGUUAAUAAAAAACUGCCACUUUCCUUUGAAGAAAUGGCAAAAAAGAUUCGUAAGAACCCAGAGAAAUGUUAUGGCAAAUUAGAGAUUGUACAUAUGAUUGAUACAGGUGGACAGCCAGAAAGUUUGGAAAUCAUGCCUUUCUUGAUUCACAAUGCGCAUCUCAUACUUUUGGUGGUAGACCUGUCAGUAUCUCUUGAUGAAUGUAUAAUACCUACUUUUCAUAAAAAUGACCGUGGUUUUAAGAAAAAGAGUCUAAUUACUUGCAAUAGAGAGCUUAUUCAGCAACUUGCCCAAACUCUUGUGGCAGCACAAGGUGAGGAAAACGACACUAACGCAAGAAUCUUUGUUAUUGCUACUCAUAAAGACAAAGUUGAAGAUGAAGAAAAACUCAAAACACUUAAAGAAAAAUUAAACGCUUUGGUAAUGGAAAUUAUUCCUAGUAAAUCAGUGUUCACCAAAGCAACAGAUGAGAGUGUGUUUGAUAUAGAUUUACUUGAUCCUGACAUACCUACUCUACAUGCAAUACGUAGAACAGUUACACGAGAAAUGAAUAAGAUGAAGGAGCUUGAUGUUCCUUUGUCAUAUGUUAUGUUUGAAAGGCAAGCCACGGUUCACAUAAAGGAAUUAAAAAGAAAGGUUAAUGUUUUAAAGCUGGAAGAAUGCUGUGACUUCGGAAGAAGACUAAAUAUGAACGAGUAUGCUGUUAAAAAUGCUCUGAAAUACUUCAAUAAGAAUAACAUCAUGUUGUUUUUCGAAGAUAUAGGCGAAGGGCUUGUAAUUCUGGAUCAAAACACCCUCAUUGACUUCGUGAAUACUGUUAUAUUUUUCAGCUAUGAGGCUGCAAAUGAGGAUCAAGGUCAAAUACUAACAGCUAAUGAGAGAGAUUCUCUUAGCAAAGGAUUGAUUACAGAAGAGCUUUUAAAAAGAAUGCAACAUAUAUUUGUUCCUGAAAUAUUUGAAGCUUGUCAUGCUAUUAAAGUCUUUAAAAAUCUCUAUAUCGUUGCUAAGAAUUCGGAAAGUGACUAUAUCAUGAUGUGCUUGCUUCCACGAUUAUCGGAGGAAGAGCUAGAGUCAUGGAAGCUGGUUUUCACGACGUGUCAACCAGUGCAGCCACUAAGACUGGACUUUGGCAUUGGUGAUCCCCCUGAAUGGAAACAAUACUGCUCCCCCAGUGGUUGUUUUGGCAGCACUAUUGCUUGCCUCAUUACCGACUUCAAUUGGAGAAUAUGUACUGAUGUUUUAUAUGACGAAGCUCCUGUGUGCUUUUAUCAUGACAUAGCUAUACUUUGUCCGAAACAACGAUUAGAAGUAACUCUUGUCAACAAGACCAAGUAUUUUGAGGUCUAUGUAGGUGUAGAUCCAGAGAAUAGGGGCAAAUAUAAUGAGCUUCCUGCAAUUAGAAGUGAAAUAAAAGAAGCAGUUGGAAAGGUUUUAAAAACAAUGAAGGUUAACCUCAGUGUUGCAGAAGGGUUUGAGUGUGACUGUGAGAACACCAAAUACCUUAUAGAAAAUUAUGCUAAGUGCAAGUGUGGGCUGGAGGAGGAAUUUAAAAGUCUUUGGAUUAAAGCUGAACAGGCAUUAAUGAAGUACGCGGCUGAGGCACAGAACCAAGGAGGAGGACUGGUACGCAUGCGUCAGUUAAAAAAACUAAGGAUUGUGGACAAAAGUUCAAAGCUCUAUAAAGACAUUGGAACCAAGCUUCUUACAACUGCUGCAUUAGUGGACUCAAUAUCAGAAGUAGCAAAUGAAGACCCCAAAAAGGCAAUAAGACUGAUAUACAGAAGAUGGAUACGCACAGACGAAGGCCACUCGUGGAGAAAACUGACACAAUGUUUCAAAGAUGUUGGGCUUAAUUCUCUUGCCCGGGACCUUGAAAAACACUUUGAGCUUCCUUCACUUUCAGAGGCACAGCAGGAAGGAAGUCAAGAGACUCAAUACCUACCAUCACCUUCUGACACCAAUGGAAACCAAGGUCGCCAAACCAACACUCCUGUUCUCUCUACCUCUCCUGCUACAGUGUCCACAGCUCCUCAUCCUGUCUCCUCCAUUCCUGUCAUCAGUCGAAUGUCCCUAACAGUAAUUGCCAGGGAUCACCUCAAAAACUGGAAGACAUUUGGGCCAUUUCUGGGCCUCACUGAACAGCAAGAAACUGCCAUUGCCAACAACAACCCUCAUGACUACGACCUCCAGAAGCGCGAGUGUCUUGAGGUGUGGAAGAAGAGGAGGGGGAGGGAGGCCACAUACCGAGCCCUCAUCUCGGCGCAGAAGAGGCGAGGGACAAAGAGUUGGCGGACAACAUCAAAGCUGAGAUGGAUUUUGCCCAGACAGGGUCCCUAGUCAAAGACAGACAUCUCCUCCAGCGACAAUCGUCUGCUGCUGGUGUGUUUACUACUUCUCAUUAGCACAUAUCCACCACAUACUAACUAUAGUAGGUAUGACCGCGUGAACGCAAACAGACUUUAGUUGCUAUGUAAAUGGCAACAAAAUUAGUUUUGCUUGGAAAAAAACUGUCAGGCAGAGGCCCUCACACAUUGCAACACAAUGUGGCACUCUGGGCCCUGGCAACAACUGAUACAUAAUCCAUCUAGCCUACCUCUCACAUAAUUAACCCUCGGCGCGCAUACGCAGCAAGGGUUACUGUAGUCGUUCGUGUGUGUCUGUCUGUCUGUCUGUCUGUUACUCUCAAUCUCACUUCUCGAGUGUUCGUUCGUCUCACAAAGGAUACGAC